CGUGUGCUUAGUGUUGUCUAGACGGUGAUGAGGUGAGGUGUGCCCAGUUCUUGAGAGAGAACCUGAGGUCUCGUUCGGUGGAAGACAUGUUUGUAAGGUAGAAAGGGAAUUAGAAUUCGUCAACAAUUUCAACCGGCGUGUUCUGAUCAAUUAAAUAAUUAUGGAGUCAGUGCUCUGGAGAGGAAGGCGGAAAGAGAAGAGGUUUCCAGGAGUAUUCAUCUUUAGUUUAUGUAUUUUAGGUUUCAUCGCUAGAACUAAUGGACAAGUAGAGAGACCUUCUAUACCUUUCAACGUGCCAUCGAGCUACAUAGAGAAGCAGCGCUACGAUGGCUGGUACAACAACUUGGCACAUCCUGACUGGGGCUCGACAGAGUCGGUGCUGACGCGCAAGACGCCAGCGAGUUACGCUGACGGCGUAUACAUGAUGGCUGGGCAAGACCGGCCUUCUCCUCGCGUCUUGUCGCAGGCCUUCAUGAAGGGUAGCGACGGCCUGCCUUCUGCCAGGAACAGAACUGCCAUGCUGGCCUUCUUCGGUCAAGUUGUGUCCUCGGAGAUCUUGCAGGCGUCGGAGGCAGGCUGUCCUAUAGAGCUCCACAAGAUCCCCAUCGAACAAUGCGACGAGAUGUUCGACAAAGAGUGUAAAGGCGGUCGCUAUAUCCCCUUCAAGAGGGCAGGAUACGACCGCAACACUGGCCAGAGCCCCAACAACCCCAGGGAACAGCUGAACUACGUGACGUCAUGGAUAGACGGAUCGUUCGUGUACAGCACCAGCGAAGCUCGCCUCAACAUGCUCAGGUCGUUCAAGAACGGAACGUUCCUCGCAGACCCCGACGAUCCGCACAUGCCUCCUCGCAAUACGCGACGAAUCCCCAUGGACAAUCACCCCACUCCUCAUGUGCUCAAAAUCCUGCCUCCUGAGAGGAUGUUUUGGCGCACCUCCAUCACAGGCAUCCAUCUCGGGCCUCGCCCUCAUCAUCCAGUCGCUCUAGAGUUCCUCUUUAGAGUGGGUGACGAGGAUGUCUUCCAGCGCGCCAGACGACACGUCAUAGCCAGUCUUCAGGUGGGUGACGAGGAUGUCUUCCAGCGCGCCAGACGACACGUCAUAGCCAGUCUUCAGGUGGGUGACGAGGAUGUCUUCCAGCGCGCCAGACGACACGUCAUAGCCAGUCUUCAGAAUAUCAUCUUGUACGAGUUCGUUCCAGCGUUUUUAGGCGAGCAAGUUGACCCUUACCUUGGCUACAAACCUGAGGUCUACGCCGGCAUCUCGCACGUCUUCCAAUCCGCCGCAUUCAGAUUUGGACACACGUUGCUGCCCCCCGGUCUGUACAGAAGAGACCCAGGGCCAGACUGUCCCUUCGUGAGCUCCCAGACGGGCCAUCUCGCCAUGCGCCUCUGCAGCACCUGGUGGGACGCUACCGACAGCAUGGCUAACAGCACCAUGGAGCAACUGAUGCGUGGGCUGGCUUCACAGAUCGCAGAGCGCGAGGAUCACGUGCUCUGCUCCGACGUCAGAAAUAAGCUCUUCGGACCACUCGAGUUCUCUCGACGCGACCUCGGCGCGCUGAACAUCAUGCGUGGCCGGGACAACGGACUGCCGGACUACAACACCGUCCGCAAAUGCUUCAACCUCCCGCAAGUGCAGACCUGGCAGGGCAUCAACCCUCAUCUGGCCAGGACAGACCCUGAGAUAUUCCAGCAACUACAAAAGCUCUACGAGGAUAACUUGUCUAAUAUUGACUUGUAUGUGGGCGGGAUGCUGGAGUCCCACGAAGGCCCCGGCGCGCUGUUCCGCGCCAUCAUCAAGGAACAGUUCACGAGGCUCAGAGAUGCCGACAGAUUCUGGUUCGAGAACGAAGAUAACAACAUGUUCACGUACGACGAGAUCGAGGAGAUCAGGAAAAUCAGGCUAUGGGAUAUCAUCGUGAACGCGUCGUCGGUCUCGCCGGACGACAUCCAGCGCAAUGUUUUCUUCCACCUGGACGGCGACGUGUGCCCCCAGCCCAUGCAGCUCAACGCUUCCAGUAUGGAGCCCUGCCCCUACCUCCAGGGCUUCGACUACUUCAGGGAUUCGGAGAUAGCGUACAUCUACUCGUGCAUAUUGCUGAUAGCGGUGCCGAUCAUCAUCGCGGGCGCCGGCUACGCGACCGUCAAGCUACAGAACUCGAGACGCCGCAAGGCCAAGAUGCACCAGGAGGAGCUGGCCAACGGCAGGAGCGUCGACAAGAUGAUGGUCAAGGAGUGGCUGCAUCAGAACUACAAGCGCAUCGUAAAAGUAAAGUUUGGCCCGAAAGAAGAACUAAGCACCGUCAACCGCAAGGACGAAAAACUGCGGACAGUUUCCCUUCAGGACAUCCAGUCUCUGUCGGUCGAAGUCACCCAAGAUUCUCACCGCAAGCCCAUGGUUCUUGUGCGCGUACCAAAAGACCAUGACCUCGUACUCGAGUUUGGCUCCGAAACGUCACGGCGUAAGUUCCUGAACAAACUAGAACAGCUUUUGAAAAGCCACAACAAGCAGAUGGAGGUUGUACACGCCUUCAAAGAAGAAAUGCUCGCAAACGCUGAGACCAACGAGCGAAGGAAGAAGCGAUUGGAGCAUUUCUUCCGAGAAGCAUACGCACUCACCUUCGGCCUCAAGCCGGGCGAGAAGAGAAUUCUUGACGACUCGUCCAACGACGUUUCGCUCGUCAUGAGAACGUCUUUGUCCAAGAAGGAGUUUGCUCGCGCCCUUGGCAUGCGUCCUGACGAAGUCUUUGUCAAAAGAAUGUUCAACAUCGUCGACAAAGAUGGCGACGGAAGAAUAUCAUUCCAGGAGUUCCUGAACACUGUCGUUCUGUUCUCUAAAGGCUCGACUGAUGACAAAAUGCGCAUUAUUUUCGACAUGUGUGACAACGACAAGAAUGGAGUUAUUGAUAAAAAUGAGCUCUCGGAAAUGCUGAGGUCGUUGGUCGACAUCGCCAAAACACAAAAGCUCUCUGACUUUGAGGUUGACCAGCUGAUAGACGGCAUGUUCAAGUCGUCGGGUCUGAAGGAGAACGAGGCGCUCACGUACGACGACUUCAAGAAGCUCAUGCGCGAGUCCAACGGCGACAUCAUCGCCAUCGGCCUCGACUGUAAAGGCGCCAAGCAAAAUUUCCUCGAUACAUCCACCAACGUCGCCAGGAUGGCAAGCUUCCACGUUAACGAGAUACGAGACCUCAACCGUCACUGGUUGUUGAAGAAAUACGACCUCCUAGCCACGUACCUGGAGGAGAACCGCCAGAACGUUUUCUAUCUCGUCGUCUUCUACGUCAUCACCGUCGCCCUCUUCUGUGAACGUUUCAUCCACUACUCGUUCAUGUCGGAGCACACGGACUUGCGCCACAUCAUGGGCGUGGGCAUCGCCAUCACGCGCGGCGCUGCGGCAUCCCUCAGCUUCUGCUACUGCCUCCUGCUGCUCACCAUGUCCAGGAACCUGCUCACCCGCCUCAAGGAGUGGUCCCUUCAGCAGUACAUUCCCAUAGACUCCCAUAUACAGUUCCACAAGAUCGUGGCUACGACAGCGCUGUUCUUCAGUCUGCUGCACACUGUGGGGCAUUUGGUCAACUUCUACCACGUCUCAACACAGCCGCUCGAGAACCUCCGAUGUCUCACCAAAGAAAUAUCAUUCAACUCUGAUGAAAAGCCAACCUUUGCCUUCUGGCUUUUUGGUACCCUCACUGGCGUGACAGGCAUCAUUUUGUUCGUGAUUAUGUGCAUCAUCUUCAUCUUCGCACAUCCCAUCAUCCGGAAGAAAGCAUACAAGUACUUCUGGGCAGCACAUCAACUGUACGUCUUCCUGUACAUCUUCAGCCUGGCGCACGGUCUCGCCAGACUCACCGGAGCUCCCAGGUUUUGGAUCUUUUUCGUUUUCCCUGGCGUGGUAUACAUGAUAGAUAAGAUCAUCAGCUUGCGCACGCGCUACAUGGAGCACGACAUCAUCGAGACGGAGCUGCUUCCUUCAGACGUCGUCAAAAUCAAAUUCUACAGACCUCCAAACUUCAAGUACCAGAGCGGCCAGUGGGUACGGUUGUCAUGUACGGCCUUCAGACAGAGCGAGUAUCACUCGUUUACCCUCACGUCCGCCCCUCACGAGAACUUCUUGUCUUGCCACAUCAAAGCUCAGGGACCCUGGACAUGGAAACUCAGGAAAUUCUUCGACCCUCACAACUACAUUCCUGAUGAAGAGAACCCUCCUCGGCUGCGGCUAGAAGGCCCGUACGGCGGCGGCAACCAGGACUGGUACAAGUUCGAGGUGGCGGUGAUGGUGGGCGGCGGCAUCGGCGUCACGCCCUACGCGUCCAUCCUCAACGACCUCGUCUUCGGCACCUCGACCAACCGAUACUCGGGCGUCGCUUGCAAAAAGGUGUACUUCCUCUGGAUUUGUCCCACGCACCGACAGUUCGAGUGGUUCAUUGAUGUGCUCCGCGAGGUAGAGAAGAAUGACGUCACCAACGUACUCGAGAUGCACAUCUUCAUCACUCAGUUCUUCCACAAGUUCGACCUCAGAACCACCAUGCUGUAUAUCUGCGAGAACCACUUCCAGCAGCUGAGCGACCGUAGCAUGUUUACGGGCCUUAAAGCCAUCAACCACUUCGGCCGGCCUGACAUGACGGCCUUCCUAAAGUUUGUGCAGAAGAAACAUCACUACGUCUCGAAGAUAGGCGUGUUCAGUUGCGGGCCCAACCCCCUGACAAAGAGCGUUAGCAGCGCUGUCGAGAACGUCAACACCGGCAGACGUUUGCCUUACUUCAUCCACCACUUCGAGAACUUCGGUUAAUUCUGGUCAAAUCUUUGGCUAAGCUUGUAGAACUUCAGCCUGGUUAUGAGACGACAUUUGCAUAGUAUGCGUAGCGAGUCGGCUGUUCUUUCCCAUAUCAUUCUUUGUUGCGAAUCAUCAUUUACUGUCUGUCGCCGCUAUAUGUGUGACGAGUCAGACUUUAUUAGUUCUUAUCAUUAUAUGCUUUAAGAGUCAGCAUUUAAAUUUGCGUAUUAUUCUAUGUAGUGAGUCAGUAUAUGCUUUCAUGUACUGCCGAGGAUGAUUUUAUUCCAUGCUCGUUAACCCAAUAAGUUUUCAAGAGUCUUUCACCGCCCGAAGAUUACAAAUAUCACCAAAUUUCAGCUCAUUUAUCACAAGUAUGGACGAUUUGAAAAUAAUAAAUGAACGAAAUAAACUUCAGAGUCGGAAAGUAUUUUUGGUCGUUAAUUACUAAUGCAUAAUAUUUAUUUUGAGCAUAAUUUUAGCAAAAACUGCUUUUAAGCGUUUUUUGAAUAUUCUGUGGCUUAUUUCUUGCCAAAAGUGAAAUUUGCGCUAAGGUCUGUAUGUUUUAGGGUUACCUCUUCAUUGAAAAACAAAUUCAAAAUGUGUUACACUUGAUAAACUCAAUUCUUUUGGUUGAAACAUUGAAUGGUCAGUUGCAAAAGCCAUACAAUGCAAUGCAUUAAAUUCUCCAUCAUUAUCACAGUUCAAUUUGGGCAUACGGUCCAUGUUUCAUGAAGCAUCAGAACUUUUUCACUCAAUUAUCAUGGUUUUGUAGGACAGCAAUUAAUUUGAUAGCUUUUAGCCCAUACGGAAAAAGCUUACUACAUCUUUUACAGUGAAAAAGUCUUUUUACGCAGCGUGCAAUGUAAGUAAAGAAGUCCUGUACGACAUAUUAUUAGAGUUUAGAGUUUUCAAAGUGUAAAAAGAACAGCGGAGUUGGGGAUAACGUUUCUGACGUCCGCUCGAUUUCGUAAUCGCAUCUACGAUUGUUUAGCCCCAACACUUGCAGUCUAGUUAACUCCUUUAGUACAGUCUGACAGUUUUACUUCUCUCAGUAUAUUCGUAUGCACCUAACGAUCUAUUUGGAACUAAUUUUGUUAUGAGAUAAUUUACGUGCGAAAAUAUAGGUAACUCUUGAUUUUAUUGAGUUCCAGAUUUGUGAAUUAUUCGAUUAUGAAAAUGCUUAUUGCCUCGAGUUUUUAUGCUUAUUUUGCAAAAUAUAUCUGAUAGCCCAUUGUAAAGACAUAAAUGAGCUGUUCAGAGCUUCUAAAAAUCGUGUCUAUUGUUUUAAACACGAGGUUUUGUGUUUUAUUAGAAGCUUAUAAAAGUUGUGUGUAUUUCAGGCCUAUGUUUAGAAUCCUAUUGUGAGAUGUGCUUUGUAAAUAUAAAUGUAAGUCAUAGUCUUUAUCUUGAGCCCAUUGUUCUUUUGCCGUUAUUGAUUACAAUGAAGAACUUUUUAAAAUA